UCAAAAGAAAAUGGUCCAAACUGAUAGCAUUUGGGUAAAGGUUGACCUAAAAUCUUCUCCAGAGAAGGUCUAUGGGUUCUUCAGGAACCAUUUGGGAGAUUUGGUGGGCUUGUUUCCUGAGACUUACCAGAGCAUUCAACUUGUGGAAGGACAACAUUUAUCAAGUGGCAGUGUUGUUCAAUUUAAAUUCCAAUUGGGAGAUGAACUUAGAGCAGAAAAAUGGGCAAUAAGAGUUGUGGAUGAUGCGAAGAAAUACAUAAUCUAUGAAGCUGUUGAAGGAGAUCCACUAAAGGAAUUCAAAGUGCUAAGAGCAAAAUUUGAAGUUGUUAAUGGAGGAUUAAGCAAAGUGAGAAGAGGAAACUUUACAAAAUGGACUGUUGAGUUUGAAAAGGCAAAUCAAAAUGUGGCCUCACCACAAAACUACUUGGAGUUGUUCGCCAAAAUCUCAAAAGGGGUGGAUGCUUAUUUCUCCAGGAACUAAAAUCCUACAAUAAUGAAGGGAGUGAUCUUAAGUUUGGCUGUGUUUUCUACUUGGUUUGUUCUAAAUAAGAAAUUAUAUGUGUAAUAUGUUUACAUAUGGGUUAUAAGGAUGCAUGUGGGUCUAUUAUUAUAUGUAAGUCUACUUAUGUGUGUGUGUAAGAUCCCAAAUGUGAUAUCUAAUGUGGGUUUAUGGUCUAAUGAAUCAUAACUCAUGGAAAUGUUUUAUGUUAUAAAUCUAAGACCAAAUUAUGCC